AUGGCUUCUCGUUUUAUUUUCCUGACGCUUUUAAUAUUCUUGGUUGAAGAGAGUCGUUGUAGCACACGGCGUCCUGAGGUAAAUACAUUACAGCCGGGAGCCACAACACAGUGCCUGGUCCCGUUUCUAAAUCCUUCAAGGGGAUGGAAGAAAGAGUCAUUUCCAAAUCCCCGUGUAAACGUUACGCUUUGUGGCCGGGAAUGCACUCAAUCGUGGGUAUGUGACCCCUCGGGAAUCCUCAACACUCGCGAUGCCGACAUACUUGAUGAAAAGAUUGAUAUAAUUGCAUCUAACGGAAUAUGUGGAUGCAGAACAUGUUUGGCGGGGACAGACGGUUACAAAAUUGGAGUGGCGCUGGUACGAAAGAUGGAAAUCGGGUCUUUCGCUGUUGUCGACAAUGUCGAUAAAGACAACCUAGCCAUGGAAUUCUCGGCUUACCUCAGGUCAGUAUCCUGGAAGUAUGGCAAGUGUGAUGAUAGCAUCGUCAUCUUCUACUCACAAGAGGAUAGGAAGGUGAUGACAUCGACUGGUGAGAGAGUGAAACAAGUCCUGUCCAUUAACUGUACUGGCGCCAUCUUUAACGAGGCUAAACCAAUGUUGAGAAAUGACCAUGUGUUUGAGGCGCUGGAGCACAUGGUUACUCGAUACGGACAAGUUUUGCGGACCGGCGAGUGCUACCCAUCACCAGAGCCCGUGGAACUGAGUAUAGGAAUGGUGAUACUAAUCGUCAUUAUCUGCUUCUUUGUUCUGGUCGCGGCCGUCAUUGGGGGCGUGUGCGGUUGGCGCAGGACUCAUGGCGGUUACCACAGGGGAAGAUCUAACGACCCGGACAGUAGCCGUGGUGAUCCGGAAAAGAUCGAUGACGAAGGAACUAAUGACCCUGACAAGAGCUCUGGCGAUCCGGAAAAGUUCCGUGGUGGGGAAACUGGAGAUGGAGGUGGUGUUGCUGGCGGGUCUUUCUAA